AUGGCAUCACCUCAAGCAGUUUCAAAGACCAUUCUCUCCCGCUACCCUUGGGUAUCUUCCCCUCUAGUGGUGAGCGCUCCUAUGGCAGUUCUAUCAAGUCCUGCUCUUGCAACGGCUGUAUCCAGCGCUGGUGGACUUGGAUUUAUUGGUCCGGGAAUAAAAACACAAGAUGUGGCCACCAACCUUGAAGAGGCGUCACAAAUAUUUCUCAAAACUCAAGGCUCACCAUUCCUUUCUCGAGAGGCGAAUACAUCGUCUCUGCUUCCUGUUGGGGUGGCAUUUCUCCUCUGGCGAGAUGAUGUUAAUGAGGCGACUUCUGUCAUUGAAAAGUUCAAGCCGUCUGCCGUGUGGCUCUACGCUCCACACGAGCUGGAAGAGUGUGAAACAUGGUCAAAGAAGGUUCGCAGUGUAUCUCCCGACACCCAAAUAUGGAUACAGAUUGGAACAGGAGCAGAAUCCGGUGGCCAUGGGAGAGUUGAGGAUGGGUUGGGUCUCAUCACACUGUUUCCUGAAGUGGCCGAUGCAUUAGCAGAGAGUGGUAUUACUCUGAUUGCUGCAGGAGGAAUUGCUGAUGGGCGAGGUGUUGCUGCUGCGCUGUCCCUUGGCGCCUCAGGAGUGGCGAUGGGAACUAGAUUCCUGGCAUCAAAGGAAGCCCGUAUUGACCAAGGGUACCAGAACGCGGUUAUCCAAGCAACUAACGGUGCAGUAUCGACAACACGAACCUUGCUUUACAACAACCUCCGAGGAGAAUAUGGGUGGCCUACGCCAUACAGUCCCAGGAUGAUUAUCAACAAAACUUUCACAGACCACCAAUUAGGAAAGCCAUUUGGAGAGCUGAAAGAGAUGUAUGACGAGGCAGUCCAAGAAGGGGACGUGGGAUGGGGACAGCAGGGAAGACGAGCUACCUACGCGGGAGCAGCUAUUGGAUUGAUACACGAGGUCAAAUCAGCGUUAGAUAUUGUGCAAGACGUCCGAAAGGAAGCAUUGGCGAAAAUCCAGUCGCUGCACGGGGGUGGGAAGAUGUCAAAGAGGCAGAGGGUGCUCCGCGCCUGCGAUCAAUGUCGCCGGGGAAAGAUUAGGUGCGACGGAAAGCAGCCCUGUGCUCAUUGUAUUGUCUAUGACUACGAAUGCUCCUAUGAUCAGAUAACAAAGCGCAGCCGUAGUGAACCAUCAUACUACGUAAAGGCAUUGGAGGCUCGGCUUCGCAGAGCAGAAGCUGUCGUCCGAAUCGCGGCACCUAACGUGAAUCUCAGUGAUUCUCGUCUAGACACCGCAGAUACAGCACAAAUUGCAGCCAUAAUAAACCAAGCAUCCCCUCAAGGUGUCUUGACGUCUCGCUUAACGCCGACCUCAAGUCCGAGUGAAACGAUGCCUAUCGAAGAUUCCAACGAAUCCUUUCUCGAAACAAUGAUGGAAAAUUUUGGGUUUCUAGAUCUGGACGACAGAGGGCAUUGGGAUUACCAUGGUCAUUCUUCGGGAAGCAUUUUCACACAGCGCUUGCAGAACCAGUUCGGGAACUUGAUCAUUCCUCCUCGCUCUUUAACUAAGUCAAAACCUUGGUCAAAGUCUCAGAGGCGACCUGAGCCUCAGACAAGAAAUACUCAAGACACAAAUAGCAACAGCGCCGACAACACUCCGAUUUCUGGGUUGCCUUCACAAGAGAUUGCACGAAAGCUCAGCCAGACCUGUUUUGACCACGCGUGUGUCCUCAUGCGCUUCGUCCACGAACCGUCUUUCUGGAAAAGCUUUGAUCGUAUUUAUGCAACCACGUGGGAUCAGUUUGGCGAUGAAGAGCGUAUAUUUCUGCCCCAGUUAUAUAUCGUCUUAGCUGUCGGAUGCCUUUUCUUAGAUGAUGUCAAGCCACCAUUAGAAAUUGCUGAUUAUGAGAUUGUCCUCGACCAAGGGUACCGAUACUUUGAGCUGUGCCAAGACGCGCCGCCCUUCGGCUUGGACUUCAUCGUUUGGGUAUCGGGAAACUUCAACGCCCUCGAACGCGAACUCAGAAAACGUGUAUUCUGGGCCAUUCGGAACAUGGAUAUAUACGUUAGCACGCUGCUCGGCCUACCUCUGCUGGUGAGCAGCGACGACAUUGACCAAGAAUAUCCGCUGGAAGUAGAUGAUGAAUACAUCACUUCAGCCGGUAUCUUACCAAUGCCCGUUGGUCGAACAUCGUUAAUGAUGGGUGUGAGUGCCCACACCCGACUAGUAGACAUUAUCGUCAAAGUGGUCAAAUAUGUUUACCCCGUUCGCCAUGCCACACACUUGGCACCGUCCAAUCAUACGUAUGUGGUUCGUCAUUCUAGAUUGCGAGAGAUUGAGAAGGAUCUGGAAUCCUGGAUGAAGAGCUUGCCUGAGGUUUUGCAAUCGCGCAGUGAAACUUCCCCUAAAUUGGCUCAUAUGCAACAAAUGCUCCGGAUAGGAUAUGCUCAUGUGCAAUGGACAUUGACAGGCGAUCCUAUGGAUGUGCAACCGCCUGAAUCAGUGUCUCAAGAAAAUAUUAUCCACAUUACGACGGAGAUGUACAACAGACGUCUUCUGAACGGCUCUUCCUGGUUUGCGGUACACACGAUCUACUAUGCGGUUCUUACAUUGGCCUAUUUUUUACUUGAGAAUCCUGGACCUCCAGCGACUACAGAUGGUAUUCUUAAAGACACACUGGAAGGGAAGAAUACACUGGCGGGAUUGGCUCAUAACAGCAUAGCUGUAGAAAGAUGUGCCUGUCUCUAUUCUCUUAUCGAGCAUCUUCCAGAGAGACUAAACAAGCGCAAAAGUCCAACGCCUACGAAUGCGAAAAGCUCCUCAGUGCUAGAAGCAGCCUCAAACUUGAGAGGAAAAGAUUCAAUGUCUAAUCGGCCGGGUGCAUACUCCUUGAAUGGAUCAAUCAGCUCAGCUUCUGGUACCGUCCGAUCGACUGAAUUGCCUGUGAACGGACAUUACAUCCCAACACAGCAACUAAAUCACAUGCAUGCGGCGCCAGAUCAGAUAUUUCUACGAUUCUCAGCAGAUGACCCGUUCGCUUACCCAAGCCAAUCACCUUCUUCUCUUGACGACGAUGUGUUUCGAAAUGGGGUAGCUGAAGCGUCAAUACACCUUCCAAGAGAUCCUACCAUGCAGGUUUACGCCCCAAUGUCAGAUGAAUAUUCCCUUCCGGAUGGCAUGGUUCCGUUUUACAACUUCCUAGGCCCUCCAUCCGAGACGGUUUACGCCAAUGCUUCAUACAAUCCCUCUAUCCAAUGA